AUGGCUUCUACCGAAGCUGAACCCCGCAGCGCCAUCGUCAUCGAUGACGAUACAGAUGCAGAGAUGGACACACCUCGGUUCCCGCCGCGAGAGCUAUGGAGAAAGAGACGCCUUGUGAACUAUACUCUCCUGGAGUAUGAGACUCUGUUUGAUGACUCAGUGCUUCUUAAUUUCUCUAUAACAGCAAAUCAAGAAAUUCAUAUCAUAUUUAAAACAGAGUCUGUAAAGAUUAGAGAGCUUUAA